AUGAUCCGCAAACAGGAGCUGAGUGCUGAAAAGUACCCUGGCACUGUAAGAGAGUUUAGACCACAUGACUUGGUGAAUAUGAGAAGUUACACCAGGGAUGCUAAGUGGAUUCCUGGAGUCAUCAUUGAUGUCACAGGCCCCUUGUCAUACAAGGUCAGGACCAGUCAAAUCAUUACCCGUAUUGUCCAAGUCCUUAAAGAAAUUAUUCAAUUUAGACAGCCAUGUAACAGCACUGAUCUGGAUGCAGUGAAAUGCAACAAGACAACACAGGACGCAUACAAUAUCACAGAGGAUGCUGUUCUCUUCCUCAAAGGCCCAAUGGCCACACACAUCAUGCCCUCAUUCUACAUCUUCAUCAUCCUCAUUAGUUUGCCCCUGAAUGCUUUGGCCUUGGUAACAUUCACCUGUAGGAUUCGAGAGAAGAAACCAGCUGUAAUCUACUUGUCUCACCUGGCAUGUGUGGACCUGCUCUUCACCCUGCUGCUGCCUCUGAAGAUCCACUACCAGCUGAACGCUUCAGAUUGGGUGUUCGGUGAGGCGGCGUGUCGUGUGAUUAGUGCAGCUUACUACUGCUACAUGUACUGCUCCAUACUGCUGAUGAUGUGCAUGAGUGUGGACAGGCCGCUGGCCGUGGCGUUUCCCAUCGCCUCUUUGACCUGGAGGAGCACAAAGAAAGCCACAUACAUAUGUGUGCUGGUCUGGCUGCUGGCGAUUGCUGGUACGGUGCCACUUCUCUUCAUAACACAAACAUCCACGAUUGAGAAUGUGGGCGUCACCUGCCAUGACGUGCUGUAUCACACACAGCUGUAUGUGAACUUGUUCUCCAUCCUCUCUUGCCUCUACUUCUUCUUGCCACUGGGUGUCAUCUUAGUGAGCUACUCCACCAUCAUAUAUGUGCUCCGUGUAAAGUCUAUUCGCUUGGCAACAUCAUCCACAGACAAGCGAAGGAGAGCUGUGAUUAUGGCUAUAGCUGUGCUGAUGGAGUUUGUAAUGUGCUUUGCACCAACCAAUGGCAUCUUGUUGUACCACUGUGUUCGUUUAGCCACCAGAGGCAGCGGUGAGGAGGGGAAAUACUACCCGAUGGCUGUAUGUUUGGGGAGCGCAAGUGUUUUUCUGGACCCUCUGUUAUACUACUGUGGCUCAUCUCAGUGCAGACAGCAGAUCAGCUCUCUGAUUCGCUGGAGGAAGACAAAAAGCACAACUACACCAACAAACACAAACAGUCAAACAAAAUACUCUAACCUGAGCUGUGAGUACACUCAGACUCGUGUUAAGGUGUGA